AUGAGUCUCAAUUUUUCAAUCCCAAGGAAUAUUCCACUAGAUGUCGAACAGGAACUUACACGAUUAGUAUCUGACUUUCAAGAUGGUUAUUUGACAGAAAAGGGAUACAUUAAGAAGAGAUAUGAAAUUCUGGAAUCUCUCAAAGCGGAUGCUACUGACAGAAGCACUUUAAAUGGUGCCAGAAGUGACACCAGAAGUAACCACCGAAGAGAAAGUAUUAUGUCAGUGGGUUCAAGCUUGGCAUAUAAUCGAUCUAGUGAGAGAUUGGCCUCCGGAGAGUUUUACGAUCCAUCUCUUAGAACAACGCCCGAAAUUCAACGGGUAAGCCCAUCUGACAGUAGAGUUACAGGUGUAGAUCCAGACGCAUAUGAAUACUACAAAUUUCAACAGAACGCACCUCAGCCAGAAAAUGUGGCAAGAAAGCAGCUUCAAAGACCAUUGGAUCCCAGAAUAUUGGAGCAAUAUGUUCAGACGGAGACGUUUGACAAUCUAGCGAUGAUUUUGAGAAAGAGAAGUACCGUUUAUUCCAAAGAGAAUGCCAUAGUCACAAUCGAUCAGAGGGGCAAAGAGUCGCAGUCUAUAACAUGGGAAAAGCUUUAUCUUCGUGCAGAGAAGGUUGCCAAACAAAUCAAGAACAAGGCUGCGCUAUACCCGGGUGACCGAGUUUGUCUUAUCUAUCAGAAUAUCGAGGUAAUCGACUUUGUUGUUGCCUUUUAUGGCUGCUUUCUUUCCGGCACCGUUGCCGUUCCAAUGAGCAGUGGACUUCCAGUGAGGGAUUUUGUGAAAAUUAUGACAGACACACAAUCACAUUUAUGCUUGAUGUCCGAAUCCGUAUUCAAACAUUUUGAAAAAGCCAGUCAUAAGCGGAAGGUUCCGCUGUGGCCAAAAGGUGUGGAAGUUUGGAAAACUUCAGACAUGGGAACGUAUCAACCACCCAGAAAGGUUGGCCCUCCUCCAUUGAAGAUCAGUGAUUUAGCUUACAUAGAAUACUCGCGGGGAUCUAUGAGUGAAUUACGUGGUGUUGCAAUUUCCCACAGAACAAUCAUUCACCAGAUGAAAUCCCUUACUUCAAUUAUUUCAAGCACUCCUGAUAUUAAGAAAGGAACGCUUAUUAGGCCAUCAGCUGCCCUCAGUAAAUUUAGAUACACGCUUUUGAGCACAUUGGACGUGAGGCAGUCAAUUGGUUUGGUCAUGGGUGCAUUGUUCAGUGUUUAUUCAGGCAAUCCACUGAUUUGGAUUCAUCAGAAGUUGACGGAAGUUCCUGGAUUGUAUGCCCACGUGAUAUCACGUGCAAGAGCUUCGAUAUUACUUUCAGACUAUCUUAGUUUGAAACAGGUUGCUUACAACUAUCAAUCAUUUCCUCAGCUCACAAGGACCUUUAACAAAAGAGUGAAGGUGGAUUUAUCGUGCGUUAAAUGGUGCCUUAUCAAUACACUUAUUGUCGACUGCGAGUUUAACGAUAAACUCAGCGACAGAUGGUUUAAACCGUUGGGCCACCCACACCCAAGAAGAAUUAUUGCUCCCAUGUUAUGUUUAAACGAGCAAGGCGGUGCAAUUAUAUGUAUGCGCGAUUGGAUUGGUAACGAAGAUAGAUUGGGAUGUUCUUUCCAGAAACCAAUUACUGACGAAGUGAUUCCGAACGAUGAAAAUGAAGAUGGAAAUAUGGGUGAGAGACUAUCCGAAGUUCUUAUUGACAAGGACUCCCUUACAACUAACACUGUGAAGGUGGUAAGUGAUAGACCUCCACCAACAUCUUCUACGUAUGAUGAUGAAUCUUCUAAAUACAUCAGAGUGGGAGCAUUUGGCUAUCCGAUUCCGGAUGCAACACUUGCCAUUGUGAACCCAGAAGCUAAAAUAUUGAGUGGAUAUGAUGAGGUUGGUGAGAUAUGGGUUGACUCACAUUGCAUUUCAGGUGGUUACUGGGGUCUUCCAAAUGCUACGCAGAAUAUAUUUCAGGCUGAGUGUUCAGAUUAUGAAGGUGUUUUAAACAUCAAUUUCGUUCGAACGGGGCUUUUAGGCUUCAUUUAUAACGGUAAGGUUUAUGUUCUUGGACUCUAUGAGGAUAGAAUUAACCAGCAUGUUACGUGGUACGACAGAUAUCUGGCUAUUCAGACAAAGAAAGAGGAGGAAAAGGCUUCUUCAAGUGAUUUGGGAGACGUCCAAUCGUUGGAUGAGAACACAGAAAAUAUUAAUCGAAAAAUUCUCAUGAAUUCCGAUAUUCCUCAAUACAGAUACCACUAUGCCGGUCACUUGGUGAAGACGCUGGUCAGAAACAUUCCGGAUGUUACUGACUGCUCGUUUUUCAAUGUUCGAGUGAACAACGAAUAUCUUCCAAUUGCAAUUAUUGAAUCACCUUCGAUACCAGCUUCAAAGAGCAGACAGAAGAAUACUGGACUUGACAUAAUUACGGUUGAUUCAUCGUUGCUCAAUGAUCUGGCCAUGCAAACAAUGAAACUAAUGGAGAAACUCCACAAUGUCCGUCUAUUUUGUGUCUUAAUUACGGCACCAAACACUUUACCAAGAACAAUUCGAAGUGGCCGUUUAGAAAUUGCCAAUAUGCUUUGCAAAAGGAAGUUCAUGGAGGGCCGGAUUUCUUCAUCGUUCGUACGAUUUUCCUUUGAGAACUCAUUGGCAACGGUAUACCAUGGUGAUGAUUUGUUAGGAGGAAUAUGGUCACUAUAUUCAUCUAAAAUGAGGUCAGAAGCCUUGGAAAAUGCUCAAUUACAGUAUUCUGGGUUAGACGUUAGACAGCAGUGCAGAGACGAUCGUGCAAAUAUCGAUUUAACUGGUUAUAGCUCCAUGAUUGAUAUCCUUAAAGUUCGUGCGUCACAACAGCCCGACGAACAAGCAUAUGCCGUUAUUGGGGGUGCAAACUUUAGGGAAAUGAAGCCAUUAUCAUGGAAGAAGUUUGAAAACAGGGUCUUUGCACUUUGCUCCUACAUUCUUGAGAAGAAGAAUCUUAUGGCUGGUGAUACCGUCAUGGUCGUUUAUAACAUUUCAGAGGAAUACGUUAUUUGCAUUUAUGCAUGUUGGCUUGCGGGCUUUACUGUUAUUCCUAUUCCGGCUCUUGACCCAUCAUGGGUGGAAGAAGAUACGGUGUCGUUUGUGCAGUUGGUUCAAGAGUAUAAGGUGAAGGCCGUUUUUAUGAGCAGCGAUAUUGAACAGAUUAUGAAGAAUAAACCUAUAAGCUCAAGGGUGAAACAGAUAGCAAAUGCAAAUAGAGUUACCAUUCCAAAAUAUAGGAACACUACGAAGCAUACAAAAUGCAAUACAUCAUCUAAGGCCAUGUAUUCUCAGAUGGAGGCUUAUCGGAACAAAAAGAGAAAAGGGACAGACUUGAAAUGCUUGAUAUGGAUUACGUGGGAUGCGGAUCACCGGUAUAAUGGAGCUCAACUUAGUUUUGCUAAUUUAAUGGCGUUAGCACUGAAUGCGAAAGAAACGUGCCAGAUGAAGAGUAGAAAGCCACUUAUUGCUUGCGUGCGGCAUACAUUUGGUCUUGGCUUUUUGCAAGCUUGUAUUAUGGGUAUAUAUUUGGGAUGCCCAACAUAUUUGUUUUCGACAUUAAACUAUGGAAUAAAUCCUACAGCAUUAUGGCUUUCGAUUUCCAGAUAUGGUGUUGAGAACAUGUUUGUGACUAGCAAGAUGUUGACCUACGCGUUACGAAAUGUCGAUCCAGCCAAGUGCGAUUUACAUAAGCUAAAGAACUUAAUGGUUGGAUGGGAAGGUCGUCCGGAUGCUGGAUUAAUGCUUAAAUUUCAAGAAAAGUUCCAGGUGUCGCAUAUACCUCCAACUUCUCUAUCUAAUGUAUAUCAGAACACAUUGAACCCAAUGAUAACGACAAGAUCAUAUUUAGCAUUUGAGACUAGCAACUUAUGGCUUGAUCCUUUAGCUUUGGCGCAGGGAUAUGUCAGCUUGGUGAAUCCAAAUGACUCUCCAGAAGCCAUUGAAAUUCAAGAUUCCGGAAUUGUACCUGUUAACACACAGAUUGUGAUAGUGAAUCCCGAGACAAAGCAACCAUGCAAAGUGGGCGAAUUGGGUGAGAUAUGGGUUUAUUCCCAGUCGACACUAUCCAGAUUUAGUGGAAAGCGUGAUACGGAAAGCAGUUUUAUUCAUGAUAAGAUUGCAAACUGGAACGAUAGCCUGACUUAUCUGCGUACAGGUGAUUUUGGCUUCUUGCACAACAUUCAGAAACCUGUUAGCAAGAGCAGCCAACUGGCAGAAUUACAGCUCCUAUUUAAUUUGGGACGCAUUGACCAAACAUUCGAAGUAUUGGGACUUCAAUAUUUUGCCAGUGACAUAGAAACAACUUUGGAGAGAUUUUCGGCAGUUAAGAAGGCAUGCGUUUUCAAGGCGGGAACAUACGUUGUUGCAGUGCUAGAGACUACAUUAAAGAAAAACUACAGCUCUUUAACCCCUCUUUUGGUGAUAAAGGUCAUGAACCAAUUUAACCUCAUGUUGGAUAUAGUGUCAUACGUGCCCGUUGGUAAAAUGCCUACUUCAAGACUGGGCCAAGUUCAAAGAAGAAUCACAUUAAAGAAGUGGAUGGAUGGAUGCCUGGUCCUUCAAGCGUCAUUUGGGGUGAGUUCAGGUGAAAAUGCAACCAGAAAGACAUUAGACUUUAUAAAGAAGGUUAAAAACAUGGAACAAAUGAUAUGA